CGGGUUGAACCGUUGCUGUGGAGGAAGCGUCAGCGCGUGUAGCUGCUGUUUAUACUUAAUAUCAUGUCUCGGCAUGGGCGGUACGGAGGCGAGACAAAGGUGUAUGUGGGCAACCUGGGGACAGGUGCAGGAAAAGGAGAACUAGAGCGAGCAUUUGGCUACUAUGGACCCCUGAGAACAGUGUGGAUUGCCAGGAAUCCUCCGGGGUUUGCCUUUGUGGAGUUUGAAGAUCCCAGAGAUGCAGAAGAUGCUGUUCGUGGCCUGGAUGGCAAGGUUCUUUGUGGUUCUCGAGUUCGGGUUGAGCUGUCCACUGGAAUGCCGAGGCGGUCUCGCUAUGACCGUCCUCCCACCCGCCGACCCUUUGAUCCUAAUGACAGGUGCUAUGAGUGCGGUGAGAAGGGGCACUAUGCCUAUGACUGCCACCGCUACAGUCGACGGCGGAGGAGCAGGUCCAGGUCCAGGUCCAGAUCCAGGUCUAGAUCUAGAUCUCACUCCAGAUCCCGUGGGAGGAGGUACUCCCGCUCACGCAGCCGGAGCCGGAGCAGGAGGUCAAGAUCCAUUUCUCCUCGCAGAUCACGCUCUGCUUCUCCGAGGAGAUCUAGGUCUGGAACACCCAAAAGAUCUAGGUCUCGAUCAAGGUCUAGAUCUAGGUCAAGGUCCCGAUCUGGUUCUCGUCCCAGGAGCAGGUCUGGCUCUGCUGACAGAUCCAGGUCUGGAUCACCUGCGAGGAGUCGUUCGAAGUCUAGAUCUUCACCCCCUAAACGAAGCCGUUCCCGGUCAGCGAGUCCUCGUAGGAGCAAGAGCCCAGGCAGAGACGACUAAAGGCUUUUUAUGAAACGAGGCACUUCUUUUAGAAAUGAAGUUGUUUGUCUACGCAACCAACGAAAGAGGAUUUCUUCUAGAGGUUAAUUUUAUAAAGUUCCUAUUGGCACAUAAUAAAAUUUUUUUUGUUAAUGUUACAAUAAAGAAAAAAAUAAAAGCCUUUUUGCCUCUUUUGGAUUCAGAAUACUCCAUUGGUUGUAUAGCAUUACAGAAAUCACAACGGGGGGCUUUUGUAUAUCUGUAUACUAAAUUAAAUUUUACCCUGUAGAAAAACUUCUGAGUCAUAAUUGAUGACACUAUUGUGUCGCAGAGGUAAACACCUUCCUGUAGAGGGAGCUGUUAGCUUUCAAUUUUAAGUGUGUGCCCCUUGAUUUUUUUUUUUUUUUUUUUUUUUUUUUUGCAAUGAAUACUGUUUAUCACAAGCAUGCAAAAAGAAAACAGAAUGUGUUUGCUGUGGGAUAUUGCCACUCAGAUAUGACAAUGCUGUUUUUGUGAUGCAGGAAAAUUUCAUAGAUAUGGCUAAAGAAUGUUUGUUUUCAUCAUUAAGGAGCUGUGAGCUGCACUACUGUUUACAAAUAUGAAGCACCUUUAUUUUUGUUUUGGGCAGUAUUCACAGGAUUGGCCUCAUUCAGUCUGUCUGUAUAUACAGAGACCUUACAUACACAUUUAAAUUUGUGUGUAAUAAGACUGUGAUUUAAGAAUAAAAAUGGCCUCUCUGAUACUUUCUGUAAUUAAAGACUCACCAUGUUAUAAACCCCUCCACAACCAGUUAUGGCAGGUAUGCAGGAUGACUUCAUGGGUAAGUAUUACAGUUGGAAAAUAGCUGGCAGAAGUGUGCAGUGAAGCUAGAAGUUGGCAAUGCCUUGCUUUAUCCACCAUUGUGUCAUUUUUUUAUGAUUGGUCUCAUGUCCUGAAUCUUCCC